UGGAUUGAAUUUCAAUUUUUUUUCUCUCAUCUAGGUGUAUGUUUCUCAUGAAACUGAAAGAGUCGUCCGCUGACGCAUGUAGGAAGUAGUACUCUUGAACAAAGGAUGCCAGAGUUCCAUUUAUGGCCAAAUUUUAAUCUAGCCACAGCCAUUUUUCUUCAGGGACUAAGGAAACUAUGCUCUAACGGAAAACGGCCAGAUGAAUGACUAAGAGCGAGACUAGACGGACCACGGAUGGUGUACAAAUGAAAAGAAGCAUAAUUAAAAAGGAUCAUUUCAUCACCUUUAGAAACAGUUUGAAAGGGGGAGGCGAGUCCAUUUCGGUUGGCGGGCAGGCUAUCGUCAGUUAUGAGACGAGACCCACGAGGCGGCGGUAACCGUAUUGUUACCUUCCGCAUAGUCGUAUCGCGUCUUGUGCUGACAAGUAGUCGUGUAUAAAUAUUUCACCGGUUGUAAGAAGAUACGCCGUCGUAAGAUUUGAUGCAUUUCAUCGUUUUAAACAGGCUUUUUAUACGUCCAUCCGCAAUUAUUCGAGCGGUGUCGGCCAAGUGGAAAUCGAGUGAAAACUCUCUUGUGAAUCUUACAUUCGGCGCUGUCAUGGAUCUGGACAAAGAUUCCGUUCUUCGGCCGACCUCCGACGCGGCCACGCAGUGCUUCCAAACUUCAAGGGAAGAGUCGAUGUUCGUCUGUCGGCAGUGCUUCUCCGGCCCGGAGAGCGACGGCGAAGAAGAGCAGCCUUCAGUCGAAUCGGAUCCUCCACCGUCAAACUCGCAGGUGAGUGCAGCGCUAAGGCCUUUGAACGUAAACGACGAAGUCUGCCUCGUCGCUCCUGCGCCUGUCGUCAUCGGAAAGAGAUCCACGCACGAAGACCUAGACCCAAACCGAGAAUUGAAAAAGGUGCGUUUUUGUUUAACAGACAGACAAUUUGGGAAGACUAGCUUUCGCUUAUUUUUACGAUGAUCCGGUAAAUGGAAUUGAAACUAAAAAUCUUCAAUGCUGAAACUCUCUCUGUGCGCAGUUUAUAGCGAAAUCCUAAUCUCAAUAAUGAUGCGAGUUUGGACGGACAUAAGAGACUGUUGGCGUUUUACUCCUUUGGCCGACUCUCCACUCCAAAAGGUUGCCAACCCAACUCGUUAUUGUGUUAGAAAGUGCAUAAACGAUGAUGAAACUGAUAAUUCUCCCAGACUGGGUAUUUGAACACAAAGACUGUUUGAUUUUAUCUGCAUCUUAAUGAAGUACCACAGAACCAUUCACGUACCAUGAAUCAGAGAAAACUUGCGAUGUCGUAAAAUGAUGUAUUAAACUAAUCGAUCAACCAAACAAUCUUAUGAUUUAAGAUCUCACCUUUAUCACCUCUCAUUUCAAUUUCGCCUAGGUUUGCUCCCGGUUAAAUGUUAUUGUUCGUACGUAUAAAGUUUCUUAAUCCUUCAAAAUGACGACAUCUGCCAGGCACUACAGCCCAUUUUAUUCUGUAGAAUUUUAGAAAUUCAAUCCGGUUUGUAACCUUUCAGAUGUAUCUGAUUUAUGGUGAUAAUAGUUAAUUAUUCGGAAAUCGUGAG